AUGCGCUUGCACUACUUCGCUAUCAUCUUGUUGCACUGUGCUUGGUUCGGUCAUGUCACUCUGGCUACUCCGGUCGCCUUUCAGAAGAACAUACCCAAGCACCGGUGCGUUGCGGAACAAACUUAGCCCCUGGUGGGGUAUCCUUGCGUUCGCCCUGUGCUGACCGACGCUUCCAUUGUGUUCAUUCGUUAAGCAUUGUGACUAGAUCCAACAUCAACGAUACCGCUAGCACAGCUUACAACUCUGCAAACCAACUCGCAAGCUAUGGACUUCCGACCUGCAAGUGCGUACAUUGGAUAAGAAUCAGGUUUUCCGCCGGACGGUCGAAGCUUGCGACGAACUAUCGUUUUCAACUCAUAUGUCCUACGUUUCUGUUUCAUCGAAAACACAAACUUUAUAA